GGGGGGUUCCCCCUCCCCGUACCGAAGGCGCUCGGGUGUUUCCGUUCCUUUCCGGCACCGUGGCCUUUCCCCGCCUCUCGCCGCUUGCCUGGGCGCCGCAAUCCCGGCGGCGCGGCAGGAGGAGGCGGAAGAUGGCGGUUGGGAUUGGCGGGGAGGCGGCGGCAGCAGCUGCAGUAGCAGCAGCGGUUAUGCAAACGAGGCCGUCGGCAGCCAGCGUCAGAGCCGGUGUGGAUCGCGGCUGAGCAAGGCGGCUGGGGCUGCGCCACCACCGCCCUCCCCGGCGCCGGACCCUCCUCCUCUCCCUCCCUCCCUCCCUCCUUCCCUCCCUCCCUCCCUCGCCGCCUCUCGCCAUCCCCGCCUGCCCCGGCCCCCCGCCCUCGCCCCGGCCCGGCAUGGACGCUGGCGCUCCGCCGUGUCGCUGUGCGCGGCGCUGCGAGGCCGUGAGCCGCCGCUGCCGCUGAGCGGGGCCGCCCGCCGCUCCCGGGAAGGGGGGGAAGAUGUCGGACACCAAGGUGAAAGUUGCCGUCAGGGUCCGGCCGAUGAACAGGAGAGAGCUGGACCUGAAUACCAAGUGCAUCGUGGAGAUGGAAGGCAACCAGACUGUGCUUCACCCUCCGCCUUCCAACACCAAGCAGGGAGAAAGAAAACCACCUAAGGUGUUUGCCUUUGAUCACUGCUUCUGGUCCAUGGAUGAAUCAAACACCACAAAAUAUGCAGGUCAAGAAGUGGUGUUCAAGUGCCUUGGAGAAGGAAUUCUUGAAAAGGCCUUUCAGGGAUAUAAUGCUUGUAUUUUUGCCUAUGGACAGACAGGUUCAGGAAAAUCCUUUUCAAUGAUGGGCAAUGCAGAGCAGCUGGGUCUGAUCCCACGGCUCUGUUGUGCUUUAUUUCAGAGAAUCUCUGUGGAAGAAAAUGAAUCUCAUACUUUUAAAGUCGAAGUGUCCUAUAUGGAAAUCUACAAUGAGAAAGUCAGAGAUCUGCUUGACCCAAAAGGGAGUCGGCAGUCCCUUAAGGUUCGAGAGCACAAAGUGUUGGGACCGUAUGUAGAUGGCCUGUCUCAGCUGGCUGUUACAAACUUUGAGGAUAUUGAGUCACUGAUGUCUGAGGGAAACAAAUCACGAACAGUUGCUGCAACCAACAUGAAUGAAGAAAGCAGCCGCUCUCAUGCUGUGUUCAAUAUUAUAGUGACUCAGACACUUUAUGACCUGCAUUCUGGUAAUUCUGGAGAGAAGGUCAGCAAGGUCAGCUUGGUGGAUUUGGCUGGGAGCGAGAGAGUGUCCAAAACAGGAGCUGCAGGAGAACGCCUAAAGGAAGGCAGCAACAUAAACAAAUCCCUUUCAACGCUGGGUUUGGUUAUAUCAUCACUUGCUGACCAGGCAGCAGGGAAGGGGAAAAACAAGUUUGUGCCUUACAGAGACUCUGUACUCACUUGGCUUCUCAAGGACAACUUGGGAGGAAACAGCCAAACUGCCAUGAUAGCCACAAUUAGUCCAGCAGCAGACAACUAUGAAGAAACACUCUCCACUCUGAGAUAUGCAGACAGAGCCAAAAGGAUAGUUAAUCAUGCAGUGGUGAAUGAAGAUCCAAAUGCUCGGGUCAUCAGAGAAUUACGUGAAGAAGUUGAAAAACUGAAAGAACAGCUCUCCCAAGCUGAGGCCAUGAAGGCACCAGAACUGAAGGAAAAAUUGGAAGAAUCUGAAAAACUAAUAAAAGAGCUAACAGUCACCUGGGAAGAAAAGCUAAGGAAAACAGAAGAAAUUGCACAGGAGAGGCAGAGACAGCUAGAAAGUAUGGGGAUUUCCCUUGAGUCUUCAGGUAUCAAGGUGGGGGAUGACAAGUGUUACCUGGUGAACCUGAAUGCGGAUCCUGCGCUCAAUGAGCUUUUGGUUUACUAUUUAAAGGAUCACACAAGAGUUGGUGCAGAUACCUCUCAGGAUAUACAGCUCUUUGGCAUAGGAAUCCAGCCAGAGCACUGUGAGAUUGAUAUUGCUUUAGAUGGAGAAGUUACACUCACACCAAAAGAAAAUGCAAGAUCCUGUGUAAAUGGUGCACUGGUAUGUUCUGUCACUCAGUUAUGGCAUGGAGAUAGAAUAUUAUGGGGAAACAACCACUUUUUUAGAAUCAAUUUACCAAAGAGGAAACGGCGAGACUGGCUGAAAGACCUUGAGAAAGAAGCAUCAUUGGGAGAGCAUGAUCUGGAUGCAGCUAGUGAAGCUUCUUCAGAACCAGACUACAACUACGAGUUUGCACAAAUGGAAGUUAUUAUGAAAACACUGAAUAGCAAUGAUCCAGUACACAAUGUGGUCCAGAUCUUGGAGAAACAGUACUUGGAAGAGAAGCGGAGUGCUCUUGAGGAGCAGCGGCUGAUGUAUGAACGUGAGCUAGAGCUGCUGCGGCAGCAGCUCUCCCCAGAGAGGCAGCAUCAACAUGGCAGCGACAGACUCUCCUACACGGCUCAGACUGCACAGCAGAAAGUAAAUCUCUGGACAGAAGAGAGGGAUGAAUUGUUUCGACAGAGCCUGGCUAAACUUCGAGAGCAGAUAGUAAAGGCAAAUACACUGGUGAGAGAAGCAAACUUCUUAGCAGAAGAAAUGAGUAAGCUAACAGAUUAUCAAGUAACACUUCAGAUUCCUGCUGAAAACCUCAGUGCCAACAAGAAGAGGGGUGCAAUAGUAAGCGAGCCUGCUAUUCAAGUGAGAAGAAAAGGAAAAGGUACUCAAGUGUGGACUAUUGAGAAACUAGAGAACAAAUUGAUUGACAUGAGAGACCUCUAUCAAGAGUGGAAGGAGAAAAUUCCUGAGAUAAGGAAGCAGAUUGGCAAAAGAGGUGACCCUUUUUACGAAGCGCAAGAGAACCACAACUUAAUUGGCGUCGCCAAUGUGUUUUUGGAGUGCCUUUUCUAUGAUGUUAAGCUGCAGUAUGCUGUGCCCAUCAUCAGCCAGCAGGGAGAGGUUGCAGGACGGUUGCAUGUUGAAGUAAUGCGAGUCACUGGGUCUGUCCCAGAACGUGUAGUAGAAGGAGAUGACUCAUCAGAGAACUCCAGCGAGAGUGGGAGUCUGGAAGUCAUGGAUAACAAUGGAGAAAUUAUUCAUAGAGCAAAAAAGCUGUCCUGCAGGGUGAAAAUAAAAGAAGCAACCGGACUGCCACCUAAUCUUUCCAACUUUGUCUUUUGUCAAUAUACAUUUUGGGAUCAAUGCAAGUCAACCGUAGCGGCACCAGUGGUGGAUCCAGAUGUGCCUUCACCUCAGAGCAAAGAUGCUCAUUUUACAGUGACCUUCUCUCACUGUAAGGACUAUGUGGUGAACGUCACAGAGGAGUUUUUGGAGUUCAUUUCAGAAGGAGCUCUUGCUAUUGAGGUGUGGGGUCACAGAUGCACUGGCAAUGGCAGCUCCGUUUGGGAAGUUGAUUCUCUUCAUGCUAAAACUAGGACGCUGAGAGACAGGUGGAAUGAAGUAACUCGAAGAAUAGAAAUGUGGAUUUCCAUACAAGAAUUGAAUGAGAUGGGAGAAUAUACUGCAGUUGAACUCCAUCAGGCAAAAGAUGUAAACACAGGGGGAAUUUUCCAGCUUAGGCAGGGACAUUCUCGCAGAGUUCAGGUGACAGUGAAACCCGUACAACAUUCAGGAACAUUGCCUCUCAUGGUAGAAGCAAUUCUUUCAGUCUCUAUAGGUGGUGUGACUGCCAGAUCAACCAAACUGCAAAGGGGCUUGGACAGCUACCAGAAGGAGGAGGAUGAUGGUGGUGAUAUGGAUAGUUACCAGGAAGAAGAUUUAAACUGUGUACGCGAAAGGUGGUCUGAUGCAUUGAUAAAACGCAGAGAAUACUUAGAUGAGCAGAUUCAAAAGAUCAGCAAUAAACAAGAAAAAUCUGAGGAUGACAUAGAACGAGAAGCCCGGCUGGUGGAACAGUGGGUAGGGCUGACAGAAGAGAGGAAUGCGGUGUUUGUUCCAGCACCAGGCAGUGGAAUUCCCGGUGCCCCCGCAAAUUGGAUUCCACCUGCAGGAAUGGAAACACAUAUACCUGUCCUCUUCCUUGAUUUAAACGCUGAUGACCUCAGUGCCAAUGAACAACUUAUAGGUCCCCAUGCAUCAGGAGUUAACUCAAUACUACCAAAGGAGCAUGGGAGUCCAUUCUUUUAUCUGCCGAUCAUAAAACACAGUGAUGAUGAGGUUUCAGCCACUGCUGCUUGGGACUCUUCUGUCCAUGAUUCAGUGCACCUGAAUAGAGUAACACCUCAAAAUGAGAGAAUUUACUUAAUAGUGAAGACUACUGUGCAGCUCAGCCAUCCUGCUGCAAUGGAACUGGUAUUACGCAAAAGGAUCGCAGCCAAUAUUUAUAAUAAGCAGAGUUUUACCCAGAGCCUGAAAAGGAGAAUAUCUUUGAAAAAUAUAUAUUAUGCCUGUGGAGUGACAUAUGAAAUAGUAUCCAAUAUACCGAAGGCUACAGAAGAAAUUGAGGAUCGGGAGACCUUAGCACUGAUGGCCGCAAGGAGUGAGAAUGAGGGCACGUCUGAUGGUGAAACGUACAUUGAGAAAUACACCCGUGGUGUGCUGCAAGUGGAGAACAUUCUGGGCCUUGAACGACUAAGACAGGCAGUCACAGUCAAAGAGGCACUCUCCACCAAGGCGAGGAACAUCCGCAGAAGCAUCAGCACUCCAAAUGUCCACAACGUAUCCUGUAGCCGACUAGAUCUUUCUGCCUGUGAUGAAGAUGAUAAGGGUUGGUCUGAAAGUCACCUAGAUAUAUCUGACUGUUGUUCCAGUUAUCAGGAUGUAUCAUGUUAUGGUACUUUACCCAGGGAGUCACCUCGCAAGAGCAAAGAUGGCAGCGGUGUUGUAGCAGAGAAUUCCCAUGCUUUAAUGGCCAGCCCUUUUAAAGCAUUUUCUCCUCAGCCACCAAAGUUUUUCAAGCCCUUAAUGCCAGUGAAAGAGGAACAUAAAAGGAAGACCCCGCUUGAAAGCCGACCUCUGCUUAGUCAAGAGAGCAUGCCUUCGUCUCGGGUGCAUUGCGCUGGCUGCGUUGUGCCUGCAGGAAGCAAUGCCAGCAGCAUGCCCGUAGAAAGUAAUAGCGUACGUGAGGAAAAGAUUGACUCAGAGGAGGAAGACAGUGAGUUGGAGGCCAUUAAUAAGAAGCUGAUAAGUCCACAAAGUUUUCAAAAUUUCCGGCCUUACAUACCGGAGGAGUUUGCUGACUUCAGUGUUUACAAUGCUAGCCUGGAGAACAGGGAGUGGUUUUCUUCUAAAUCAGACUUCAUGAGUUCACGUGUUCUUGAGAAAGAGGUAUCCCGCAGCCCCACCACUAGCAGUAUUACUAGUGGCUACUUUUCCCACAGUGCCUCUAAUGCUACUCUGUCUGACAUGCUUGUUCCCUGUAGUGAUAGCACAGACCAGCUAGCCAGUCACACGAAGGAGCUGGACUCUAAUGAUCCCUCAGGAUCAUCUCUUGCACAUGAUUUAAGAUCUUCUUCGAACAAGGAAUGUCGAGAGUCAGAAAAGGAGUUAGCGAGAGAAAAGUUAUCUGUGUUACCACUGAAAGAAAACAGUGCCUUAACGGAACAAGUACCACUGUCCCUCGAUGCCACUGACAGAGACUCUCAGCAGUUACCCACCGCUGGAUCGUUUUCAGCUUUAAGUUCCUCAGACAGCAAAAAUACCUGUCGUAUAAUUGAGUUUUCAGCACGUGAAGCAACAGUUGAGCACACAACGGACAUUCUGGAGGAUCACUCCUUUACAGAGUUCAUGGGCGUUGAAGAUGGAAAAGACUUUGACCAUUCGACAGCUCCGCAGUCGUGUUCCCUCGUCUCCUCUAACGGAGUGAGCGCCUUGGAGUUACCCCAAGGCACUGACAAGGAGCAGAGCGCACACGUGGGCCAGCUGAGCUCUGCCGCAGCAGUCGGUGACCGGCUUGCAGGUGCUGUGGAAAGCCCUUUUUGUUCUGCACUGGUAAAAGGCCACGAGGCUUAUCCUGAUACUUCCAUAGACGAUUUCAUUGGGAAGGACCACUUGGAUGGUUCCGAUUGUGAAGAAGGUGCUUCUGCAGAUCAAGCCCAUGUCUUGCCUAGCUGGAUGGCCGUGGGUGAACAAGUCUGUGUUGGAAGUAAUAAGAUGGGCACGGUGAGAUACGUUGGAACGGUGGAUUUUUCAGCUGGCAUCUGGGUUGGAGUGGAACUCAAUGUUCAGCUGGGGAAGCAUGAUGGAGUUGUAAGAGGCAGAGAGUACUUCCACUGCAAACCACGACACGGCGUCUUUGUUCGUCCUGGGCGCCUCAGCAAAGCACCAGCUCCUGCAAGGAAGUGGAGUAGCACUUCACGGUCUCAGGCAUCUUCCACUUCAGAGAAACGGAGAAGUUCUGUGCUUCAAGGCUCAUCAUCCGCUCCUAAAACAGGAGGAGAAGUCCUCUGCAAUUCAGGAGAUGCAGCAGCUUCUGCUUUUUCCAGGAAACAGGAGAACAGGAAAUCUUGGAUUAACUAAACCGCAGUAUUUUUGCACUUACUACACGCAUCCCUGUGUAGAAAACUUUAUGGAUUUUUGAAGCUAUUGUACAUUUUAAUCUGUCCAUAUGGAAUGUGUAUUCUCUAGAGUCCUUGACUUCAUUCUCUAAUUUUUUUAUAAAUAAUAUAUAUAUUAUAUAUAUAUGAAUGUGUAUCUAUAGUUUGUCUGCCAGUGGGCAGAUAUGGCUGCACACUAAAAUACAGUUAAAGCUGAUCUGUAGAUAACUGAGGUACUGGACUAUUUGUUACGCAACAACUUGGGAGAUAUAUUUUAAACAACAAAAAAUAUUUUAUUGUGGAAAAACCAGGAUGUAAAUCCAUAUUUGGGGGAGGGGGGGGGGGGGGGGGGGGGGGGCGGAGAGAAACAACAACUAUGGUUUGCUGUUCUUAAUUACCAAAGAACUUGUUUUAGACUGACACAUUUGCUGUUUAUAUCUUUCUAUUGUAAAUGUUUUAACUGAUAACUUGGUGCCACAUUUCUUUUAGUCACUGGGCACCAUGCAGCCUUAUGUUCCGUGUUUAAGCACACUGAAAUAUCCAACUGCUUCGUAUUUCUUGUCUUCCUAGAGGCCUGCCACUGUGCUGACUUGGCAUUGGAUGGAAAUGACUAACAAUGCCUGAAGCUGUAUGUCUGGCAUUUCACAUGUUAACAUAAGCCAGCGGGGCAGCUUGACUGCAGAAAACAGUAUUACUGCAAGGGUGUGAGAGGACAACAUUUUGGGGUUUGGGGUUUUGUGGUUUGUUGGGUUUGUUUUUUUUUUUUGGGGGGGGGGAGGUGGGGAAUGGGGAAACAAAGAAGCAGUAAAUGGAUCAUGAUUGCAGACUUUGCACUUGUUACUUGCUGGUUAUUAUUGAGAUGAAAUAGAACCUGCUAAAGUAAUUUUAAUCUGUAAAGUUUUAUUUUAAUAAUGGGAAUGAUGGAGGGAUUUGUGUCUGGUGCUCAUGAAUUCCUAAGAAGGUUGUUCCACAUGUAGAUACUGUAGAUGCCUGUACAAGCGUUCUGGAUAUUUUGUAAAGUAACAUGGUAAAAAUGAGUGAAGUGAAUGGCCUGCUGUAUCUGUUCUUCUUUGUUUCUUAGCAAGUGAAUGAUUGAGAUACCUGGGACCUUACUGAAAAGCUGCUGUUCUUUCUUUGAUUGUUGUGUACAGUAAGUGGACUCUUGUAUUGUACUAUUUACUGUAAAGAACUGUAAUUUAUAUACUGCCAUACUGUAUUUAAUUGGUACAGACCUAUUGUGUGUUAGAAUACAGACUGUUUACUUGGGAUUUAAAAACAAAACGACGUUUUGCUUGUAUUUGGUACAAUCAGGUUUCACGGUCAAAUAGUAAGCUGUGUCUAGGUGACGGUGCUCAGAUGCAAAGUACUUUGUAAAAACGCUGAAGGACAAUACGACUCAAGUGGAAGACUGGAUGGUACUUAACCUGUUUUAACACUGACUGAUUCAGGAAGCGUAAGAGGAGAACAGCAGCCCCUGUGGAUACGUGUUCCUCACAGCUGCUUUCCCUGUCCCGCCUAGGAGAGGGAGCGGAGCUUGGAGGGGGAACUCCUGCCAGGGAAUGACAUUAUGUGGGUCAAGGGGAGACAGGACAAGUUCCUGGAAGACGGACAAGGCAUACCCAUUGCUAAAUAUGUAAAUGCCUCAGCCGCGUACAACACGGCAGCUGGAAGGGUAACGUGCUGUGGGAGUAGUGAAAGGAAGGGGCAUGAGGUCAAUGUACUUGCCCUUGACGUAGGUUUUGGCUCUUCUGAGGCAGGAUUUGUAUGUGUUAAUUGAUUUUGGUGGAAUGAAUGUCUUUGCAGAAUGUUUCAUGCUUCUGGAUCUUCAUAAUGCACCCAAUGCAUUAAUGGUACUGCUGCUGGAGGAAAUUGCUGUAAUAGAAGAAAACAUUUUAUGUAGAAGUUUAUCAGGCAGAGAUGAUCAUGGAACACAGCCAGCUGUGCACCCAGCACCACUGUCUUGAAGUUAAUCUUAGAUGUCACUUUCAUAUUUUUUAUACAGCUUUUAAGAAAACUCAUGCUCACAUAUUUGCAUAAACAUAUUUGUCCAAGGCCAUGACAAACAAUUUGGAAAGAAAAUGUGGCCAUUUUCUGAUGGCAAAGAAUCGGUAUUUAGACCAGGUUAGCAUCAGUUGAGCUAGGCUUUUCAUGGUUUUAGACCUUUGAGAAUACAGAAUGCACGAUUGAUUGACUGCUUCAGAAACACUGGGAUAGUUGUGCUUGUUGGGGUGUACAAUCAGUACACACCAAAGAAACCAAAACAAGCCAACCUAGUUUUGUGCUGUACCUGCUUUGCAUAAGCUGUGCUAUCAUGACUUCUGUUACUAUUAAAGGAGAUGUACUUUAGCAAA